AUGUCGGUCCUAGAGUCAAAGAGGGCCCAGGCGAGCAGUGGAAGCGCCCACGAAACCGAACAGCUACCGGACUACGAUGAUACCCUCUCGAUUGCCGUAUCCGAUGGCUUCCAAGCAGGAACGGCACUUCCAGACCUGCCAGAGCUAGGAGCUGAAGAGGAAGUCCCGCCAGCCUACAGCGAGGUCCACGAUCGUCUUUCUCUACAUCAAGCUGGAUUCGACGCCGGCGCUACCAUCACGGACGAUGGCCGAGUCAACAUCAACAUCAAUCAAACGAGCAGGCAACUGGCCGAUAUCAUCGCACCAACUCUACGAAACCAGCUCACUCAAGAUGCCAAGCUUGCCGUAGAGCCUCUUCCUCCCGCAUAUAUCCCCCCCAGCCUGGGUGGUCAACCAGGCCAAACGCCACCUCCCAAGUUGAACGUCGUGAUACAGAUUGUAGGAUCGCGUGGAGAUGUGCAACCCUUUGUCUCGCUGGGCCAAGUGCUCAAAAAUACCUAUGGCCAUCGGGUUCGAGUUGCGACGCACCCCACGUUUAAGAAUUUCGUCGAGGAAAAUGGAUUGGAAUUCUUCAGUAUCGGGGGUGAUCCAGCUGAGCUCAUGGCUUUCAUGGUGAAGAAUCCGGGACUUAUGCCAGGCUUUGAUGCGGUCAAGAAUGGCGAAGUCACUAAACGCCGCAAGGGGAUUGAACAGAUCGUCUGGGGCUGCUGGAGAUCAUGCAUUGAGGCUGGCGAUGGCUUGGGCCCUGCACCACGACUUGAACGCAGACAGAAUGCCUCCAACGACACAGAGACCAUGUUCAUGGAUCCGGUGCAUAAGCCUUUUGUUGCAGACGCCAUUAUUGCGAACCCGCCCAGCUUUGCCCACAUUCAUGUUGCCGAGAAGUUGGGGAUCCCGCUUCAUCUCAUGUUCACCAUGCCAUGGUCGCCAACGAGAGCCUUCCCACAACCUCUGGCCAAUAUUCAAUCGUCAAACACUGAUCCCGUGACGACAAACUAUGUCUCAUAUGCUCUGGUGGAGAUGAUGACAUGGCAGGGUUUGGGCGAUGUCAUCAAUCGCUUCCGCACCAAGAUACUCGAUUUGGACCCCCUCUCUCUCAUUUGGGCCCCCGGAGUGCUCACUCGUCUUCGGAUCCCCUACACUUAUUGUUGGUCUCCGGCCUUGAUUCCCAAGCCAAACGAUUGGGGCAAUCAUAUUGACAUUGCUGGAUUCUACUUUCUCAAUUUGGCAUCCAAUUACUCACCUGAGCCUGAGCUUGCUGCCUUCCUAGAGGCUGGACCGCCUCCGGUGUACAUUGGCUUUGGCUCGAUCGUGGUUGACGACCCUGAUGGUCUGACUAAGAAAAUAUUUGACGCAGUCGCAUCCACUGGCGUUCGAGCCCUCGUAUCCAAAGGAUGGGGCGGGCUUGGAGCGGAUUCCAUGGGCAUUCCUGAUGGAGUUUUCAUGCUCGGCAAUUGUCCUCACGACUGGCUCUUCCAACAUGUGUCGGCGGUAUGUCAUCAUGGAGGUGCUGGUACCACGGCAGCUGGAAUCAAUGCCGGAAAACCGACGAUUGUCGUGCCCUUCUUUGGCGACCAACCGUUCUGGGGUGCCAUGGUGGCCAAGGCGGGUGCCGGACCGGAGCCUAUCCCCUACAAGAAUCUCAGCGCUGAAAAUCUCGCCGAGGCAAUUAAGACUGCGCUGAAACCAGAAACACUGGAAAGAGCAAGAGAACUAGGUGAAAAGAUCAGAGAGGAAAAGGGAUCAGACGUGGGAGGUCAGAGCUUCCACCAACAUCUGAAUGUUGACGAAAUUCGCUGUGCUGUUGCUCCCAGCCGCGUAGCUGUAUGGCGUGUGCGAAGAUCAAAGGUUCGGUUAAGUGCUCUUGCUGCUGCCGCACUCGUUGAAAGUGGUUUCAUUCAGUACUCUGACCUAAAGCUAUUUCGAUCAAGGGAGUACAAUACGGAAGAAGAGCCCUGGGAUCCUGUCUCGGCCGUCACAUCUGCUCUUCUCGGAGAUAUUGGCAGCAUUGGAAUGGCUGUAGCCGAUUUCCCGCGGGACGUAUUCAAAGCAGCCGUGGGACCGAAAAAGAGCCAAGGAACAUCUGACAUUGCUGGCAAAUCUUCUAGUGCUGCGGCAUCCCAAACUGAUUUGCCGUCCGAGAAGGAUUCGAGCGAUGCGGCAGCCGUUACUCCUGGUACGCCUGGUACUCCUGGGACACCUGACCCGCAUAUCGACCGAAAGUUAGUGGCUUCACCUGGACCUGCGAAUGAGAGCACGACCAGUUUGGUGCCGUCUAUCUCGGCUGCUUCUGCAGUUUCUGCAAAGUCCAACGCUGCGGCGGAGCGUCCAGCGAAUCCAAAGCGAGAGCCAUCUGAGACCCCAAGCAUGAAUGACAACUUGGAGAGGGCACUUGGUGCCGGGAAGAGUAUUUCAAAUAUUGUCACUACCGGCGUAAAAUCCCCAAUGAACUUUUGCAUGGGCCUUGCAAGAGGAUUCAGAAAUGCGCCAAAGUUGUACAAUGAUGAGACAGUCCGCAGACCCGAGAAGGUCACUAGUUUUGAGACCGGCUUGAAGGUUGCAGGGAAAGAGUUUGGACUUGGUCUGUACGAUGGAAUCUCGGGUCUGGUCACACAACCUAUUCGUGGAGCACAGAAGGAGGGCGGCAUGGGUUUCCUGAAAGGAUUUGGCAAAGGCAUUGGAGGGCUUAUACUGAAGCCAGCAGCCGGAGCCUGGUCUGUUCCAGCCUAUGCAAUGGCUGGUAUCCACGCAGAAAUCCGGAGUCUAUUCGCCCAGAGCGCUGAGAACUAUAUUGUCGCAUCGCGUAUCGCCCAAGGUAAAGAAGACUACGAAAACUCAACAUAUGCGGAAAGAGACGAUAUUGAGAAGCGCUGGCUCGCGACUCGUGACUCGCUGAAAUCUUAUUAUACGUGGAGGCAGAAAGAGAAGGGCAAGGGGCGAGAUUCAUCUCCUCGACGCCCGUUCCCGACUGCUGCUGAAGGAGCUUCUUCUGCGAAUAGUUUGGCUAUUCCUACUGAAGCUCCGAAAACUGGAUGGCGCCACACAAGAAACCUGUCUUUUGACGAACGGAAACGCCUUCAAGACCAGAAAAAGGCUUGGGUGCGCAGACAAGCCGCUGCCGCUGUCGGCUUAGCUUCAGGGGCUCAUGUUACCGAGGAUGUCACCGCUGCUCGGCUCGCAAGCAGGGAAGAUGCACAAGACCCCGAGUUCGAACAGGCGAUCCAAACUGCGGUUCGUGAAACGUCUAGUGGAGAUGCAGUUGAAGAUGCGAGAAUCGAGCAGGCCAUUCGAUCCAGUGUUCGAGAACUCCGUCGAAGAUCUACGGUGUCACUGAAAUCAACGGUUUCGAACCAGUCAACUGAACCACGAAGUCAAUCUUCAGAUGUCGGAUCUGAAAGGAAUUCAUCAAACACAUCGCACUAUGGAUUUCCCUCAGAAUUGAAGGGACAAGUGCCGUUCUCACCUGAUGAUUUUGAUGAUAUCACAGAUGAGGAGUACCAGGCAUUGAUUGAGCAGGCUGUGCAGCUCAGCAUUGCAGAGGACCACAGGAAGUCGCAGCAAGUACAAGGUGUUCUUGGACGGGGCGCUGAUGACGACGACGACGACUUCCGACAAGCGCUUCAGCGUUCUCAGACAGAUAAUGUCGCAACUACUACUCACGACGAUGGGGAACUCCGCAAAGCUAUCGAGGCAUCGGAAGCAGAGCAUGCUGCUCGUCUCAAGCAAGGGCAUAAUGGCCACGACGACGAUGACGAAGAGCUCAAGAAGGCGAUAGAAGCGUCGCAGGCAACCGAGACACAAGCAGCUCCUGGUGCCGAAGACGAGGAAGAGUUCAGACGAGCACUGGAGGCAUCAGAAAAGGAGCAUCAAGAAGAGCUCGCACGAGCCAAAGCCAGCAAGACUGAGGAAGAUAUAGUCAUGGAAUAUGUCAAGAAACAAAGUCUGGCAGAAGCUCAAUUCCAACCAAAGGGGAAGGGCAAAGAUUCCUCGAAUCAUGAUGACGAUGAUGAGGAACUCAAGAGGGCAAUUGAGGAGAGCAUGAGAGCCACGGGUAAGGCCGGUGAGAGUUCGGGAUCCGGCUCGGGUACAACCUCAACACCAAGAACAUGA